CUAAGAAACGGGCCAUUGAAGAUACCGAAAAUGUAGAUGUUUCAAUGGGAGAUAUUUCAAUGGGUGGAUCUGAAAUCGAUACAUCCAACUUAUCCAAAAACCAAAAAAAGAAAUUAGCCAAAAAAUUAAAAGCAGCAGACGGAACCAGUGUACCCACCAAAACUGAGAAUACCCCACAAAAAGAAAAGAAUGAAAAGAAACCAGCCAACGAAUCGGCUAAGAAAUCAUCUGAAGCUGGAUCUGCCAAAAAACCUAGUAAACCUGAAUCGACUAAAACGAUCACGACUUCAUCUGGUUUGAAAAUCAUUGAUGCUAAAGUGGGUGAAGGAGCUGAAGCUAAAGCCGGUCAAACGGUUUCCAUGAGAUAUAUUGGUAAAUUAGAUAAUGGUAAAGUCUUUGAUUCGAAUACUAGAGGUGAAGCUUUUAGAUUCAAACUUGGAAAAGGUGAAGUUAUCAAAGGUUGGGAUGAAGGUAUUAAGGGUAUGAAGAUUGGAGGUGAAAGGAAAUUGAUUAUUCCUUCUGGUCUUGCUUAUGGUAAACGAGGAUCACCACCUGAAAUCCCAGCUAAUGCUACUUUAACUUUCGAAGUUAAACUCUUGAGCAUCAAAUAGAAUCUUUUUCGUUUCUAUCGUUCUUGUUGUCUUUCUUUCUUUCUUUGUCAUGGAUCCGUGAAAAAUAAACUACACUAUAUGAAUAC